GAUGUCAGGGGCAAUGGGGGCAAAUGUAACUUCAGCUGUUGAUUGUAUUGUACCUGGGUAGUAGUAUUUUUUAAUUUAGUAUACAUUUUUUUAAAUAGAUAAUGUCUGGAACGAUAGAAAACCGAGGUGUUAAAAACGCCUGUCGCGUUUGUCUGCAUACCAUUUUUUCUGAGUUUGUUCUUUUAAAAACUGGUAAUAACUGGCUGGAGCAAUAUGAGUACUGCUUUGGGUUAACACUUAAUGAAAAUGAUGAACCUAGAAAAUUAUGUCUAAAAUGUGCUGAAUUUAUGAAAGAAUUUGUGAAUUUCAAGAAAAAGUGCCAUGAUUCUCACCAGUAUUGGAAGACCAUCAGUGAUAUGAAAUGUUACUCAGAAGAUCACAAAGUGAAAGAAGAAUUUGAUGAAUCUUUAGUUAAGGAAGAGACAGUUGAUCAGGAAAAUAUACCAGUAAAAUCUGAUGACAUUGAUCCAAAUAUAAAUACAAUAAAUGUCCUCUUUGAAGACAAUGUAAGUUAUGAAUAUGAUGAAACGAUUGAGGACGAAACUGUAAAUAAUAUUGUCCUUAGUAAAAUUAAAAAUUCUAAACAAAAAAUAACAAGCAGUCGUAGGAAAUAUAAUAGGAAAUCUAAGAAAGAUAAAGAAGAGACAGACUUGAAGUGUAACAUACAUCACUGUGGUUUAUGUGACUUUAUUUCAACUGAUUUAAAAGCAACAACUGAACAUCUGAGAGACCAUAGAGUAAAAAAUGAAUUUUCAUGUAAAAAUUGCAACUAUGAGGGAUACGAUUUUAGUGAUAUGAUCAUCCAUAGAUACGAACACUUUCCCAAAGGAAACUAUGUCAUAUGCUGUGAAUGUAACAGAAGAUUCUAUUGCCUCAAACGACUUCAGUUUCACUACAGAUCGGAGCACUUGGGCAAAGACGGGGGUUGGUGUCGAUUGUGUGACAUGACUUUCAAAAAGUAUAAAACUUUGCGGAAACACAACAUACUGAAACAUGGAAAUGUUAAUAAAUAUAUAUGUGAUCAUUGCGGGAAAGAGUACCUAUUUCGGAAUGAACUAAUAACCCACUUAAAAGAGGUGGCUGGCGUGACGACAUAUAUAUGCCACACCUGUGGCAGUGCGUUCAAACGAAACACGCAUUUAACGAACCUAUCAAGAUGCCGUCAGCGACGAGAGAGAAGGAUUCCACUAUCCUAAAAAUUGCAGUGGAAAUGCUCAAUGCGCCAGAAAAGGUGGCACAGUUGAUUGAAUUCGACCAAACUCAGCCUUUAUCCAGUAUCAUACAGUUACUCUGCAAUGCGUGGGGUCUUCCAGACCCUGAAAAUUAUGCUUUACAGUUUUCAGAGACAAAUAACCAGAACUAUAUCACAGAGAAAAAUCGCAAUGAGAUAAAAAAUGGUCUUGUUUUAAGAUUAGAACAGUCUCCUGCUAAAACUGUGCAGGAUAUUUUAGCAAAGAUAAAAAAUGGUAAUGAGGUCGAACAAGGAGCAGCUUUGGCUAAACUGGCAACACUGAGUAGUGAUCUCACCUUUGCACUUGAAUUUAUCAAUAAAAAAGGUUUGUCACUCAUUAUCAACACCAUUGAAACAGGUAGAUUUAAAGGGAAUGCCCUCAAAGAUGCUUUGGUUACAUUUGUGGAACUCAUGGACCAUGGAAUUAUAUCGUGGGAUAUUCUUGAGAAUCCUUUCAUCAAUAGAGUUGCAAGUUUCAUUAACAACCAAGCGACCCCACAGGAUCCCAAGGUGAUUCAAGCUUGUCUCUCGAUACUGGAAAACAUUGUGCUCAACAGUUCUGGUAAAAAAUCACAUGUUGAAAAAGAAAUAACAAUUCCCAGUCUGGUGUCCCAUUUGCAGAAUCCCUAUCAAGAUAGUGUCAUCCAACAGAAUGCAAUAGCUCUCAUUAAUGCAAUAUUUUCAAAAGCUGACACAAUUAAAAAGAAAACAAUAGCGGCAACAUUAUCCUCAAAACAAGUGCGUAAUGUAAUUUUUGAGAAUCUUAUUGGUCCUGGGGACUUCUCAAAGACUUCUACCAAAGAUACCAUGGGCACUGAACUAUCUCACCAACUGUAUAUUCUACAAACACUAAUGCUUGGACUGCUGGAGCCGAAAAUGCGACAGCGAGCUGACUACCAUGAACAGGAGUCACAAGACAAAAUCAAGGAAUUGAGAAAAGUCGCUUUUGAAAAUGAUGCCCACUUCAAUAUAGAGGCAGCUACAAGAAGACAACCGGGCAGUCUCUCAAAGGAUCCUAAGAAACUUGGCUUUAAAUGUGAAAUUGAUCCAAUAAAAGAUUUUAACGAAGUCCCACCAGGAGUCUUAGCAUUAGAUUGUAUGUUAUAUUUUGCUAGAAAUUAUACAGAAGACUACACAAAAAUUGUCCUAGAAAAUAGUUGCAGGGCUGAUGAGCAUGAAUGUCCAUUUGGAAAGACAAGUGUGGAAUUGGUGAAACUUCUAUGUGACAUUCUGCACAUUGGGGAGCACCCCAGUGAACAGGGCCAAACUUAUCACCCCUUAUUUUUCACCCAUGACCAUCCUUUUGAGGAAUUAUUCUGCAUUUGCAUUGUCCUACUGAAUAAAACAUGGAAAGAGAUGAAAGCUACUACAGAGGACUUUGUCAAGGUCUCCAGUGUAGUUAAGGAACAGAUAAGCAGGGCAUUAUCAGAAUCCCCAAAGAGUUUUGACAAGUUUCGUCAAAAGAUCAACCAGUUGACUUACCCGGAUAUCAGACAAAUCUGGCAACAGGAGCGCACAAAUAGAGAAGUGUGGGAGUCUCAUGCAAGACCAAUAGUAGAGCUGAAAGAGAAAAUAACACCAGAAAUUAUUGAGUUGAUAGAGCAACAGAGGCUAGGGGUUCUAGUGGGAGGGACGAGGUUUAAGAAAUACUCUACAACACGGCCACAGAGAACUAAAGACAAGUUCUGGUUUGUGCGUUUAUCACCUAAUCACAAAGUAUUGCAUUAUGGAGACUGUGAUGAAAAAAGCACUCCGAGCUUGGAAGAACUGGGCAACAAGCUUCCAGUGGCUGAGAUUAAAUGUGUAGUUGUUGGCAAAGACUGUCCCCACAUGAGAGACUUGAAAGGCAGAAAAAUAACCCCAAGUUUAGCUUUCUCUUUGAUUCUGAAGUCUUCUGAGUUGACUUCACUAGACUUUGUGGCACCUGAUGAGCAGAUCUUUGACUACUGGACUGACGGCGUCAAUGCUUUAUUAAAAGAAAAAAUGUUGAGCAAGUCUUUUGAGUCGGACUUGAAAGCAUUGUUGUCUAUGGAUAUUAAGGUUAGGUUACUUGAUGCAGAAGGCAUUGACAUUCCACAGGACCCUCCGCAUAUUCCAGAGGAGCCUGAUGACUACAAUUUUUAUUAUGAAAACAAUUAAGUUGUAAUUUUUUUACUGAAACAGUACAUACAAUUUAAGAUUAUUUUUAUUAGUUUUAUCAAUGUAUUAAGACAUUUUGAUCAAUUUUUUAUGUUUUAUUAAACUGUAUACAAUGUUUUAAUAUUAUUAUCAAAAUGGUGGUACAGGAUGUAUUUCUUAAUUUUAUUUAUAAGGAAAUAAUGACAUGGCGCUGUAACCGAGAUAUUUUUUCAGUAUUUUGUAUAGAUAAUUUUAAAAUAAUUCAAAUUAAUAAUAAAUCAGGUUUUUUUUUUAAGAAAAUGAUUUAUGUACAGUCAACAGCACAUCAAGUUACCCUGCAUGAACCUUUAUGGCGCUGUAAUAGCAGCGAGAUUGCAUUGAAUUUUAGGUUGAUGUGCUGUUGACUGUACUAAUAUCAACUAGCAGUCAGUUGUUAGUAUCAGACGUGACUUCCGCCCCGUCGCGUUGGGACGACACUAGCAUAAUGAUGAGAUAACAACGUAAUUUCUUUGGCAAUUUACUAUUGUUUAAUUGGCUAGCAAAAACGUGUGAAGCUUUUGCUCAGAAGUGGGAUGUAGAUAGGGGAAAAACUAAAAUACUUUGUAGGCAAUUUGAGGAUUUAGCCUGUCCGAUAUUGAAUACUAUGAUGAGUUGUUAGAUAUAUUUAGUUAGAUUGUAAAGUAUGUAUCAUAUUAUGUAGUCGGACUGAUUGUAUUUCCAAUUUAUUUUAUCUUCUGAGGCCAUUCACGAAACAUAUAUUUUAUAUACCAAAGAUCGUGUCUAAAGAACAAAAUAUAUUUAAAAGGUAUUUUAUUUGUACAAAUAAAAGAUAUGACUAAGUGAAUAACUUUA